CCAACACUUUGUUGUGAAAUACAUUUGUGAAAUUAAACGCAACGGCAGCAAGAAUGUCCACAUUUGGUGCUGAAGUAGAUGCCAUUUGGCCAGAAGUAAAAGAAACUGUGGAUCUAAGUGCAUUUGGGCGAAAGUUGCUACAACAAUGCAAGACUGUGGAAAAGCCCAAAACAGACAAACCGGCUGAUGUUUCGGCAUUUAUGGAUAAGUCCAGGGAAUUUCCCUUGGCCUUCGGCGUAGAAAGCUGCCGUGUGAUGAGUCAGCCCGUGGAAAGGUACAAGACAAUAGCUGAGCAAAUAACCAGUGUUUAUCCUAUAAUACAUGAGCGCACAUUGAAGUUGUACUUGGAGUAUCUGGAACACAAGAGUCAGUGGGGCAACUCUGUGGAGAAGCCCGUGUAUCAGGGACUGUCGCUUUGUGACUUUGUACAGCGUCUGUUGACCAAGCGCUGCGCCAGCUUUUUUGCCCGCAACGACAAGUUUCUGCUGCUCACAGGCGAGACCGGUGCCAGUGGCUUUGAGCCCAUAGGCACGCCGGCAGAGGAGGCGCCAUUGCAGCUGCAGCAUGUGCUCAGCUAUGAUGAUGUUAAGCUCUCGGCAUUGCUGGCGGUCAGCUCACACACGGAGUUCAUCAAUGAAGGCGAGCGCACCAAUUGCGGCCGCGUUUCAAAGAACCGAGAAUUUGUAGAGCCCGAUGGCGUUAUUGUGGGCAUGAUUGGUGCACGUCUAUCGCGUCGCAAUUUAAUGGAAUUCCAAGAUAUUGUUAUAGCAAGCGCACAGAACACAACCGAAAAGGGCUAUGGCUUGGCUGUGGAGGCGCCGGCUAAGACGCGUUCGCAGGACUAUCGACGCAUCUGGCGACGUUUCUAUGAGACGCGUGAUAAGCUGCGCAGUGAAGUUGCAAUUGAUGGCAAACGCUUUGGCGUCUCGGGCAACAAGCAAGAUGUCUUUGACAAUCUGGUCAUGAAGCGUCGCUAUGCUAUAAGCUUUGAUCUGCUACUGCUGGAGACAGAGGCGCGUGCUGCAGCAGCAGGCAAGCUGGCUUAUCUGCAUGUGGUCGGCUUUGGCCUGGGCGUUUGGAAGGUAGCACCGCAGCAGGAGCAAAUCUUUUUGGAAACCUUUGAGCAGCGUCUGCGUGUGCUUGGCCCGCAACUGAAACACAUUGCUGUGGUGCACUUCUCCUGGUUCAAGCUCACACGUUGCGGUGGACUCCACGAUGGCGCCGUUAUCCACCAAUCCGCUGAGCAUCCAGCCGGCGGCAUUAACAUUCAGAUAUCUAAGCGCAAUCCAGCGGACAAGCUUUAUGAGCCAGAGCAUGACAAUAUGUUGCUGGUGGUAUCCUAUGCCUGGGAUGGCAACGCUCUGCCAGGCAAUGAGUACUGGAUGAAAAUGUUGAAAUCAACGGGUGACUCCUCGACAGCCUGUUCCACACUUAUAACAGAGCUACACAAUCCCCAUAUCAACACGGACUACUGCAAUGGAAACAAUUUGCAUAUAGCUUCAAUUAAAUACGGUGUUCUACAUAUUUCUGAAUACGCCAAGCGUAUACUGAAGGAUUAAUUAUGCAACUUCUCAAUAUGUAACACACACACACACACACGAAUAUCUUCUUUA